UGAAUUUACUGAUAUCCCAUCAAAUCCCCUCCCUACCCAAAGAUCAUUUUCUUUGCAGUCUUGUCUAGCUCACUGUUUAGAAUAAAAAGAAGAAGAAGUAGAGAAAAAACUUCUCUCUCUCUAUCUCUUUCAACUAACAACCAAUCAACCAUACUCCUCAGAUUUUGGUUACCGUGCGUCUUGAGGAGUGUGUUUGUUUUGUAUAAGAACUCUAUAUCUGGAUAUUACUACAGAGACAAUUCAAGCUAAACGCUAGUUUAGUAUAACAUAUAUCUUCAUCUUGAUACGUAUUCUGUCUAUCUAUAGUAACUGAAACUUCAAACUCUGUAUCUGUGCAUUUUUUGGUACCAUAUAUACAGAGAUAAUCAACUGUACAACUAGCUACAAGGAUAACCAGACCAUUAAAACUUGCUUUCUCUCUUUCUCUGCUACUUAUCGUCGGUAUUUAAUUGGUUUGAAGAUGGGAGACAUCAAUUUGACUAAUGCUACUGCUGGAACUAAGAACCAACAGUUUCAGUAUGAUCAUUCAUUUGAUGUAAUGUCAAACCCGCAAGGUGGAUCCAAAUGUUUUGACGAUGAUGGCCGUCUUAAAAGAACAGGGACCGUAUGGACAGCGAGUGCACAUAUUAUAACGGCUGUCAUAGGAUCAGGAGUGCUCUCAUUAGCAUGGGCCAUAGCUCAGCUUGGUUGGAUCGCUGGUCCAGCUGUGAUGUUCUUGUUUGCCUUUGUGAUUUACUACACAUCCUGUUUACUAGCUGACUGCUACAGAACUGGUGACAAUGCUACCGGCAAGAGAAACUACACUUACAUGGAUGCUGUUAGUACUAAUUUAGGUGGUUCUAAGACAAAGCUUUGUGGGAUAAUUCAGUACAUAAAUCUUUUUGGUGUCGCAAUUGGAUAUACAAUUGCAGCAUCCAUCAGUAUGGUGGCUGUAAAGAGGUCGAAUUGUUUCCACGCUAGCCAUGACGAUAGCCCGUGCCUUGCAUCGAGUACCCCGUACAUGAUAGCAUUUGGUGUAUCAGAAAUCAUAUUCUCCCAAAUUCCAGACUUUGAUCAAAUUUCAUGGCUAUCAAUGGUUGCUGCAGUCAUGUCAUUUACUUAUUCCGGGAUCGGAAUGGGCCUCGGAAUCGCUAAAGUGGCAGAGAAUGGGAAAUUCAAAGGAAGUCUGACUGGAAUAAGCAUCGGAACCGUAACUCAAACCCAAAAGAUAUGGAGAAGCUUCCAAGCACUUGGAAACAUCGCUUUUGCCUACUCAUAUUCAAUAAUCCUAAUUGAAAUUCAGGACACUAUUAAAGCACCCCCCUCAGAAGCUAAAACUAUGAAGAAAGCAAGUUUGAUCAGUGUUUCGACUACUACGAUUUUCUACAUGCUCUGCGGAUGUAUGGGUUAUGCUGCAUUCGGUGAUAUGGCACCUGGGAACCUUUUGACCGGUUUUGGAUUCUACAAUCCAUAUUGGUUACUUGACAUAGCCAAUGUCGCAAUUGUAAUUCACCUUGUUGGGGCUUACCAAGUCUACUGCCAACCUUUAUUUGCCUUCAUCGAAAAAUGGGCGGCAACAAAAUGGCCAAAGAGUGAUUUCAUCAACAAAAACUAUCAAGUACCUAUCCCCGGAUUCCGCCCAUACAAUCUCAACUUAUUCAGACUUGUUUGGAGAACCAUCUUUGUAGUACUAACUACAAUCAUAUCAAUGCUUCUUCCGUUCUUCAAUGACAUUGUUGGGAUUCUUGGCGCUUUUGGGUUUUGGCCCUUGACAGUUUACUUCCCGGUGGAGAUGUACAUAUCACAGAAAAAGAUACCCAGGUGGAGUACUAAAUGGACGUGCCUUCAGAUACUUAGUGCAGCUUGUUUAGUAAUCUCAAUUGCAGCUGCAGCUGGUUCAGUAGCUGGUGUUGUCACUGAUCUUAAAGUGUAUCAUCCUUUUUAAUCUAACUAUUGAUCAUCAUA